AUGUCCAAGUUGAUGGCCGCCAUGCUGCUCGGGGGCGCGCGCGUCGCCGGCGCCGCCAAGCUCACCGGCAACACUGCCGUUAAGCAGGCUCUCCCCACGCCGGCGUGCUUCCUUCCUCCGCGCCCGCAGCCGGCAAGCUGGACCCGCCUCUGCUUGCAGGCUGCGCCAAGAUCGUCCCAGGCGUACGACAACGCGCCGGAGGACCGAAGGGAGAUCAAGGACAAGUACAAGGACGCGGCGGAGAAGGCGAAGGACGCCACCGGCGAUGCCAAGGAGCACGCCAAUAGGAUGGCCGGGGAGGCGAAGGACAGGGCACAGGACAAGGCCGGCCGCAUGGCGGAACAGGCGUCGGACACUGCGGAGAGGGCCAAGGAGAAGACGAAGGGCAUGGCGGAGGGCGCCGCGGAGACGGCGUCCCGGGCGGCGGAGAGGGCGAAGCACGAGACGCGUGACGCGGCGCGGGAGGCCGCGGACAGGGCGGGGCACGUGAAGGAGCGGGCCAAGGAGGUGGGGCACGAGGCUGCGCACCGGGCGCAGGAGACGGCGAGGGCGGCCAAGGACCGAACGGGUGAGGCGGCGGAGCGGGCCAAGGAGAUGGGGCGCGAGGACGCGGGCCGGGCGCAGGAGACGGCGAGGGCAGCCAAGGACCACACGGGUGAGGCGGCGGAGCGGGCCGUGGAGGGCACCGUGUCGACCGGGGAGAAAGUGGUGGAGAUGACCAAGGAGGGCGCCGGGAAGGUGGCCGAGACGGCGCAGGCGAUCGGGGACAUGACGAAUCAGGCGGCGCGGAGGACCUGGGACUCGGCCAAGGAGGCCGCGCAUAGCGUCAAGGACAGCGUGGCCCCCGACGAGGAGGACGUGGACGCCGCCAUAAAGGAGCGGGACAGGAUCGCGCGGGAGAUGGACAGGGUGGAGCGGGAGCGGAACAAGAGGGAGGCCAGGGAGAAGGGCUCCGGCUUGCCGUAG